CCGCCACUCCCGUCCAGCUCCGGUCUGGCUCCGAAGGCAACGUCAGGGUUCUUGAACUUUGUUUUUGCCUCUUACUUGGUGGGCUCGACUGAGACCGCUCACGGAGCUGUUGUGCAGCCUUACCGACAACGACCCUGUGUGUGCUAGUCGUGGACCUAUCUCUUGUUAAGGGCCACGCAAAAGCACCAUUCCCACUUGCUUUUUGCUUCUGAGGCAACUUCACUACGAGCUUCUUAAGUAUUGGGUGAUGCGCGAGCCCAGCCGCUUUGGAGCUACCCGGGUAAUCACUUGCGAGAAGCGCAAGGAAGAAGCGGCAGGAGGCGGGUGAUCCUGCAGGCUGGGGGGUUGGGGGGCACGAAGGGUGCCCAAUAUCCACCAUCUGGAGAUUGGUAGAUAUCUGAGAUCUCGGCCUGGUGUUGCGAAAUGGGCGAGGCGGGAGGCUCCAGCCGAGACACGCAACCGCCCUCGGUUGAGGGCCGGAGCAUGGCUGUGCUGUACGGGUCCGAGACUGGCAACGCCGAAGACAUUGCUGCCGAGUUGGGCAACAUGGCCCGGCGGUUGCACUUCCAGACAACAGUCGACGAGAUGGACGGCUUCAAACUGGCAGAUGUUCUGCGUGCAUCACUCGUCAUCUUUGUGACAUCCACCACAGGGCAGGGCGACAUGCCCAAGAACGCAUUGAAGUUCUGGAGAAAUCUGAGGCGCGAGAAGCUCAACAACACCAACUGUCUCCGGUCUCUGCGGUUCGCCAUCUUUGGGCUGGGCGACAGCUCGUACUUGAAAUUCAACUGGGCGGCGCGGAAGUUGCGAGCGCGGCUCCUGCAACUCGGAGCGAUCGAGUUCUUCAGACCCGGCGAGGGCGACGAACGGCACGAUAACGGCAUCGACAGCAUCUAUCUUCCGUGGUCUCAAGAGCUCAAGGCAGCCAUGGUCGCCGACUACCCCCUUCCGGACUCGGUCCGCCCCAUCCCCGAUGACGUGCCGCUCGCGCCUAAGUAUUCGCUCGAGCUGAUGCCGUCCUCCUCGCCCACCUCGUCCCUCCCGUCCACGCCGUCCGCACCGUCCACUCCGACCGUCAGAAUGGACGUCGACGAAGCGGCGCCGCGGGCCGAGGAUGAGCGCAUGUUCCUAGCCUCGAGGACGAAGAGCGCGGCCCGCUCCCACAUCAGCAAUCCACCGUCCGCUGCGGAACAGGCCCGCGAAGACUGGAGGCGACUGAAUGUCACGUUCCCCGCCCACAGCGCUCGGGCAGACGGAAGCUGGGAGCGGGCCAAUGGCCGGCCUGUCGACUCGCUGGACAAGGACAAUAUCCUCACAGACCAUCCAGAGAAGUAUCUCCUCGAGCCAGAAUCUCCCCGCAUCCCCGCGACUCCACCCGCGGACUUGCUCCCGAUUCCCGACACGAAAGUUGCCAUGGUGGUUGGCAAUGAUCGAGUGACGCCGCCCGACCACUGGCAGGAUGUUCGUCGGCUGGUCUUCCACGUGCAGCUCACGCCUAGAGACCGCCAGGUCCUCAGCCAGAUUAGCGGAGAGAUGGUGUUGACCAUCUGGCCCAAGAACUAUCCCGAGGACGUCCAGGAGCUGAUUACCCUGAUGGACUGGGGAGCCGUGGCAGACUUGCCCCUCGAGAUCAAGUCGUGCCCUCGGGGGGUUUUUGUUGACCGCAGUGGUGCGACCUUGCGACAUCUGCUGACCCACAACCUGGACAUUACGGCUGUCCCGAAGCGCAAUUUCAUCCGGGAAUUGAUAUUCUUCACCAACGACAAGAGGGAGAAGGAGCGGCUCAUGGAGUUCACCAGGGCCGGCAACGAGCAAGAGUUCUAUGACUACACAUGCCGCCCUCGCCGAACCAUUAUCGAACUCCUGCGAGACUUCGCGGGCGUCAAAAUCCCCUUUCGGAGAGCCCUCGAUCUGUUCCCCGUCAUCCGCGGCCGCGCGUACAGCGUCUGUAAUGGAGGCAUUGAUCUCAAGACCCCUCGCGAAGACGACAGGUUCACUUUUGAAAUCCUAGCAGCGCUCGUGGAGUACAAGACCAUCAUCCGCAAGCCCCGCCAGGGCCUCUGCUCGCGCUACCUCAAGCACCUUGCCGUCGGCACCGAGGUACGGGUCAAGUUGUCGAGUUCCAGUGGCCCCGCUCUGGUGGACAGCCCCGCGGAGGCGCGCCGACCUCUGAUUGCCAUAGCCACCGGCACCGGCAUUGCUCCGAUCCGCGCCGUCAUCCAGGAGCGCGCCCAGCACCGAGGCGCGGGCGACACGCUCCUCUUCUUCGGCUGCCGCAACCGCUCGGCCGACUUCUACUUUGAACGCGAGUGGCCGCUCUAUCCCAACCUCAUCGUCUACCCGGCCUUUUCGCGCGACAACAUCGUCCCCGACCCGCGGACCGUCGCCGGCCCCGAUCAAAAUGGCACCGGAGCCGACUUUUCCGGACCCUUGCGUCCAGACGACAUCCUCGCUGCCGUCCAAUACGACGCGAACAAGAACUACGUGCAGCACCUGAUCCGCAAGCACGCCGAGGAAGUCGGCGCGCUGAUGAGGCGCCACCCCAUCGUCUGCGUCUGCGGCAACGCGGGCCGCAUGCCCAUCUCCGUGCGGCGUGCCCUGCUCGAUGCGCUGGUCAUCAGCGGCGUGGUGGCGAACAAGGACGAGGCCGAGAAGUGGUUCUCUAACCCGGAAAAUCUGACGUUUUGGCAGGAGGUGUGGUGAAUGCCCUGCCUGCCGCGCUUGCCGGAGUUGAGUUUAUGGGCGACGGGGUUUGGUGGGAAGAAGGCUUGGAUGGAUGGCCCUUUGCGUUGAUAGAGUGCAGCGACCGGCGUUGGGCUCUUUUGUCUUUGUUCUGGGCCAUAGUUCUGGGCGGACUGGGACAUGGGGAAUAGACGAACUCGGAGGUUCUUGUGUGCUGUACCGUAAACAUGGGACUUUGAUAGCAGCCCAUAGAGGAGGGCCAAAACAAGGUUGUUCAGGAGACCGUCCAUGCUAGUAUGCAUCUGUGCGGAGUGACCUUCCG